UUGAGGAAACACUGGGGAAGUACGAGGUCGAAAAGACAGCCUUUCUAAAUUAUUAUAAAAGAUUUUAACUUGGCACAAGUGGGCUAAUAUAUAGAGGGCACCGCGCCUUUGACCGUUACAAACACAUCUAAUCAGACGCUGGCGAGAUUGAGGAGUAUUUCCAACUGCAGAACAGUAUGGAGAGUGUGUUUGAGGAGGAGGUGGAGAGCUGCUUCUCGUCUCUGCAGGUUCCGUCUCCCAAGAGGAAGCGCAAAGCCAAAGGACACACACACACACACACACACACUCCCAGCAAGGACAAGAGCAAGAAGCCCAGGUCUGCCUAUCUCCUGUACUAUUUCGAUGUUCACCAGCGUCUGCAGUGUGACAAUCCAGAGCUGCCGCAGUCCGAGAUCAACAAGCUGAUCAGCGAAAACUGGAGACGCCUCAGCGUAGCGGAUAAAGCAUACUACAUAGACAAGGCCAACGCAGAACAGCACGGACUCACACACACACAGGGGGGUGUGAGUGGGUCGUCUGAUGUGCCAGGAUUCCGCAGGAUUCUGCCGCGCGCUCGCUCAGGAUACAACUUCCUGUUUCUCCCCGAGGGGGCGGGGCCAGAUGAUCAGGGGGAGGAGCCUGUGGAGGUGUGUGUGGGGGAAGGUAUGGGGCCCGUGUUUUCUUUGGGCAGCGAGGUGGACCUCUCCGAACACAGCGUUGCCAUGGAGAUCCCCAGAGAGGACAACGCUACUGUGACCACCCUGACACACACACACGCCCUCGCAGCAAACACACACACACACACGCACACACUCCUCACCACGGAGGGGGCCGUCGGCACACACACCACGCCCAUCUCCAUGGUGAUGGAGGAGGGGCUAAUGCAGCAGGUCAAGCCUGACUCCACCCACCUGCUGGCCAUCUUACCCAAUCAGAACCUUCUGGACACCAAGGUCAUGACCCCCUCCAAGGUCGUCGCCCCCUCCAAGGUCGUGACCUCUAGCAGUCCUCUGCUGAUGCUGCCCAUGAUGCCCAGUCUGGAGCAGGCGACCAAGCCCUCCCUGAAACUGUCCAUCAAGUAUACUCGUCGGGGGAGGGGUCGUUGCCAUAGUCCCGGAUGUGGAUUCAGCUAUGUGACGCGACACAAGCCCCCUACCUGCCCACUCUGCGGAACACACCUGGGGGGCAAGUGGCAACCCACGGGAAGCAAAGAUUCGGACAAAGCCAUCGCAAAGUCAUUGCCCAGCAACAGUGGCCUGUCGGCACGGCAACCCCAGAAGGAGCCAAUCGCAGGGCCCGAGGGCGGGGAGGGGGCGGGGCCUAAAGUGAAGGGCAAAGUUAGCGGUAACGUUGCCAAGGAGCGAGCGAAACCGGGCAGGUUACCACGGGAACCAGUGAGAGCGGCUGCUGCAAUGGCACAGGAGACACCAGGAGGGGGAGACAGAGAGACACUCAACAGUGGACACGCACACACACACAAACAGAGGGACACGCACGCACACACACACACUCAGGGACAGACACACACACACAGAGAUGCAGCUGCCAUCCCGUCAUUGUCAUCGUCAUCGUCAGGAAGGAAAACUGGGCGUUCUCGGGGGAGAGGGAAGAGUGUGUGUGCAGCACAGAAGCGUACAGUCAGAGCGAUACUACCAGCCCCCACCAAAGCAGCUCCUGCUCCUGCUACUGUUCUUCAGUUCAUCACUGUUCCGUCCCCUAACAAGCUCAAAGCUGAACCCAACAACAGCAUGAAGACAGUGACAGUCAGUGGCGAGAUGUCCGGUCUGAAGCCCAACACCCUCAAACAGCUGGGACACACACUUCCAGAGCAGAAGCCUGUGUCGCGUGUGCCUGGUGGCGGUAACUUCCUCAUCAGUGAUAACAACCUGAAGAUGCUGUCUGUACUGCCCUACAAGCAAAACACUGGAGCCAACCUGGACCUGGGUCUGUCCACUGCAAGGGGUCGCGGCCGCUGUAAGAAUCCUGAGUGUGAUUACGUCUACAAGAACCGACACAAGCCCUCGCACUGCCCACACUGUGGCACCGAGCUACGCAACGCAAACACACACACACGCAACAAGCCCUCGCACUGCCCACACUGUGGCACCGAGCUGCGCAACGCAAACACACACACACGCAGCAAGGCAUCAGAGUGUGUGCUGGACCCCUACACUCCUCUGUCGGCCCCUCAGAGGGAGACUCAGCGUCAGAAUACUCUGCUGUUGCUACGGCAAUGUGUUGCCAUCCCAGAGAACGAGGCGGAGCUACACGACAUCCUCACAUACAUCCAGGAACUCAACAACACUCAGGUUAUCGUGUCGUCAGCGGAUGAGCAGUUGUCUGCGCAGCUCCAGAGCGGAUGGCCGAGAUUUUACGAGUCGCCACACACACACUGCAACCUGUGUCAAUACCCCCUGUUUAAAGGGGGACAGAGUUCGGUGGCUGGUCAGGAGGACUGCUGGCUGCUGACUGAGUCUCAUCUGCAGACGGCCUCCAUUCAGAUCAAGAUCUGCACCAACACACAGUGUCUAGCACUACACAGCCUGGUGGACAUACACACAGGUCUCUUCAAUGUAGGUAACAGGCUGCUGGUGAGUCUGGAUCUGUUCUUCAAGCUCCGCAGCCGACUGAAGAGCGGACGGAACCCCAACGCAGCCGCUCUGGACAUCCUACACAACAUCCAGAACCAACCCGUGUCUAUCCUGAGUGGGGCGGAGCUUGGUGAGCUCUUGUCUCUGCUAUUGGCUGGCUACUGGGCCUAUGAGAGCUUGACGCUGCGUGACUAUAACGACAUGAUCUGUGGAGUGUGUGGCGUCGCGCCCAGAGUGGAGAUCGCACAGCGGAACACCACCAACACACUCACGCUGCGCAACGUAGAGUUCACCUGGCCUGAGUACAGUGUGUGUGAUGAGGUUCAGGUUGACGACUUCUGGUUGACGAUGGAGAAUGAGGCGUUAGAGCAGGCCGCCUUCCCUUCCUCCUCUCCACCAAUCACGCGCUUCGAUGCCUCCAUCAUCGCCCCCUUCAUCCCGCCCCUCAUGAGGAGCUCAGCCAAUGGGGUCAUCAACACCGAGAAGGACAAGAUAUACACAACGCACACACCCGCAGGAGAUGUGUCGUCUCUGGUGCGCUGUAUCCAGGAAGGCGAGUUGAAGCCGGAACAGAUUCAGGAGCACACACACACACAACUGCAGUGUGUGUUACAGCGAUGUGGAGUGCCCUACACACACGACAGCACCAAGGAGGAGCUGUUGGAGAGUGUGUGUUCCCUCUUUGCACACGUGCAGAACGGCCAGAUGACCGGCCCCCCUCCCCCCCCUCACCUCACCGCCGGAACACUCAGGAAGCUCUGCCCCCACCAGGUGGUGUGUGGCAGUAAGUACCUGGUCCGUGCGGAGGGUGCGCGUGAUCACGUGGAUCUGCUGAUGUCAUCGCGCGUCUGGCCAAUCGUGUACGUUACGGACUCCAGCCAGCAGGUGGCAGCGUGCACAGACGCCCUGUACCCAACACUGGCACACAGCAUGUGGAAUACACGACAAGCAACACAGGUCUCUGGUUCUGUCUCUGGUCCUCUUCUGCGUGACCACCUGUUGACUUCGGAGCCGGUUCUAUUGGACCCCUUCACUCUGGCCCCGCCCCUGCACCCCCUCACACACUCCGCCGAGCGCUGGAUACUGCCGCCCCCCACACACACACACGACGACACACACACACACACUCACGCCGACACACCCGCCAACACACAGGCUCACACACACACCGGCACUCACACACGCGCUGACGCCGGCACAAACACUGACACACCCCACAACAGACACACACGCACGGACACACACUCUGACACACACCCCGACUCUGACACACACACCCCCCGCUCGAGCGUCGUCUGCCCCCCCGAACUGCAGUCGUACCUCAACGCGGCGCGGGAGGAGGAGGAGGAGGAGGGGCCAGAGGAGGAAACUGACAAACAGGAAGUGACCUCACAGCAGGACGUCGGCCAACAGGAAGUGAGGUUCGACAACGCCGCCUUCUACUUCCUCUACAACCGGCUGAUGGACUUCCUGAGUAGUCGCGAGGUGGUCAGCAGGCAGAUCAACCAGGUGCUGCAGACGUGCAGUCUGGGUAAUGUAGUCAUCAGGGACACGCUGUACAGGCUAGCAGUGGCACACAUCAACACAGAGGACACAGCAGUGGCACAGGAAGUAGAGGGAGAUACAGAGGUGCAGUCUGGGUAAUGUAGUCAUCAGGGACACGCUGUACAGGCUAGCAGUGGCACACAUCAACACAGAGGACACAGCAACACAAGAGGGAGAGGGAGAGAUGCAGUCUGGGUAACGUAGUCAUGUAGUCUUUAGAGACAUGCAGUAGAGGCUAGCAGUGGCACGCGUUGGGCUCGUUUUUGAUGGAGCAGUGCUGCUUUUAAUAUGUACUAGCACGUAUGCAAUGUUUGCCAUUUCAGUGCAUUCUGGUUAGAAAAUGUGUGCAUGUGAGCUACUGCAUAGCAAAAGCAGCACUGCUCCAUCAAAAACGAAGCCCACUGACAGAGGAGACAGCCACACAGGGAUGGUCACGUUCUUGACUGCGCAUUUCUGUGGAGUCUGCGCAGUGCCCAUACAAGCACAAUGUGAAACGACGAUGCAUUCAGGUUAGUAAAAUGCGUUGAAAUGUUGAAGUGCGUAUGUGCUCUGCGCAGACUGUGCCGAAAUGCGGCGUCACGAACGCGGCCAUUAGCACAGAGGAGACACCGAAACAGGAAGCAGAGGGAGUGGCCGAUGCAGUCUGGGUAAUGUAGUCAUUAUAAAGACUGGCAGUGAAAUAGAGAGAUGAAUAGAAGACAGUGGGGAAUUAGAAAGAGGGAGAGUGGGAUGGAGAGAACUGUGUAGUGACGCUUUGAGGAGGAAGAGAGAAGAGAAAGAAAGACGAGGGGGCAGUUUGAGGCAAAAGAGAGA